UGGUAAAGGAUCAGUUUGUUUUGGAGCACACAAUAUUUUUAAUAAUACGUGCACGUAAACAUCCAUUUGGUCACAAGUACUCACAACAACUUGGAUUUGUUUUUAUGAUGCAUUAUUCCUCAAGUGAUUCUGCGUAUGAUACUUGAUUCGAAUUCUGAGACAGGAAAUCCAGGAUAAAAUAUUGUUCAUGUGUUAUGAACAGGACUAAUGGACAGAUAUUCAACUACAUACGGUCGAGACAAAUUGGUCAAGUUAUAGAAAAUAUUUAAUUUAUAUAGAACACAGAACCCUUCAUGUACGAAUGCCAAUUAAUCAUGAUUUACAAUUGAUUCAAAACAAGAAUCCUUUCGAAAGGACAUCACUGGCCAGGCAAUUCCAGGUGAAUCUCCGUUUGCCGUUUUGACAUUGGGAUUCAAGAAUACGAAAGGCUCAUUGACAAUGCCAGUGGGCGAUGAUUUUUUCUCUGCUUGAAUGCAGAUUGAUUCGCCUUGGAAGUUACUUUUCUCAAAGAGUCUCCAUCCCAAGGAUCCCGUUACAAUUAUAGAAUUCCUUACGUCGUUGUUCAAACUGGCGUCGGAGUCGGUAAAAUAUUCCUCUUUUCCUUGGAAGUAAAUGUUGGAGUAAAAAGUGAUGGAAUCGCUGGCAGUAUCAGUUGCUGACCCCACGAAUCUCAGAGAGGACGCCUUGCCCUCAAUAAUUUUCAGGUUGGAGCAGUACGAAUAGCCAGACACGUAUUCCAUAUCUCCCAUUUCCUUUGUAUUGUAAUGUGAAUGUUCGUACAAUAACCACCUAAAUAUAAAAUUGAAUAUUCUUAUUUUGCCGAAUGUGCAUACAUAAUAUUUACUUUUUUGGUACUUUAUAUUUCAAAAGCUAUGUAUUCCUUACGUUCCGUUGACGCAUACCGACUGGACCCGAUUAUCAAAUUUUUUUACGGAAAGAUCUGGAAAAUAUGUAGUAGGAACAAAAACUGAUUCGCCGGUUUGAUUUUUACCUUCGUAAACAACAAUUGAGGGGAGAAUCGGAUAAUUGGUACAAGAAACUAAAUGAACCCCAAAUCCUGAUAAUAGUACCAAAAUUGUAUGUAACGUCAUUUUGAAAGCAAUAAGAUGUGGAGUACAAGUAUAAUAAUUUUGUGGAAUCGUGAUCAACUGGUGACCUUUUUAACGACUGUGAAGAAAUAUUCGGUCAUUUAGGGCGAAGUAUGAUUAUUUUUGGGGAUUUGCGUACGCGUGAGCAUGUGCAUGUAGAUUACGAAGAGUUAAAUAUAUGUAUAAAUGUAUGUCUUGCAAUCUUAAACCAAUAUUUGAUUUGAUUAAUCUACUUUGAUUUGAAACUGGAAGAAUGUGCGGGCAGAACGGUGAUUGUUAUGUGCAUAUCGUCGUUGAAGCUGCCAAAAGAGCCAAAUCCAUUUUGUGUCAAUUGACACAAAAUGGAUUUGGCUCUUUUGGCAGCUUCAACGACGAUAUUUGUUAUUAGAUCAUCAAAUGUUUGCUGUGAACUAUGGAUAAACCUUUUAUCGGAAAGUGUUAUGAUGGGUUAAUGACUCAAUCUGGUCAUCUGGAUUUUUGAUUGAACUAACAUCCUGCCCUAAAUUUGCAACUAGUGUUUAAUCUUAUUCCUCAGGGUGUUUCAAUUUCUGUAUGUACAUACAUUUAACAUGCAUACAUACAUACAUGACUGUUAUAUUUACGUAUAUCCGUUCAUCUUUUAAGAUAAUAAUUCAGUAUUGAUGUAUUUAUAUUCACAAGAAGAUGAGUUCACAGGUUCUGAUGUGGUAAAUUAGGUCGGUGGGGUCCAUUACACCAAAAUUGAAGAAUACGACCCCCACUCAACCUGAUCGCAUGACUUCACUCAUGCAAAGCUGCUGCAACUUUUCAUACACAAAUCAAUAUGAAUAUUUCCUUAUGAUUCAACAUGUGCAUUUCCUUUGUAUGUACUGAAAUGUUUGCAUUUCACGUUUCUAGGAGCCUCGUCGCCCAACUCAAAAGCUAUAUGCAAUUGAAAAUGAUGGUUUGAGCAUGACAUGACGCAUGUAUCUGGAUGUACAUGUAUUUUCAUAUUGUGAUGCAGGUCAAAUUAUUUUUCCACUAACCCAACCAACAAAGUUUAGCAUUUGAUACCAUCAGUCAACCAUUUGUUGUUCAGAACUAUUUAUUUGUUAGUCUAGUCAAUUCACAUGUCAAUCUGCAGCAAAAAUACCUCGGCACGUCACUAUUAUUAUUAUUAUUAUUGUUAUAGAAUGUAAUAAAAUACAAGUAUUUUUAAACGUGGAAAUGCAACUGGAUCCUGUUCCAGUCAUGUUGCUGUGCAUCAAUUAACAUAUUUGAUCCUGUACAUGUUUGGACUAGAAGAUUUAAUGACGCAUCAGACAUUAUGCACUCCCACUUCCCAUUAUUUGCUUGUGAUUAAGUAAUAAUAAUUAUAAUGUCCAACGUUAGUUUGUCAACUGACUCAAAUUCACAUGUGAAUCCAACUUUGCACUACAUUCUCUCUGUUCCGGGAUGGCUAAGGAUUACGAAUUUGGCUUUGGGGUUAUUGUGCAUAAUAUUGUCAUCGAUUGGCCAUAGUGACGAUUUCCGAGGGGAGGGUGAAGCGUGGGUGCCCUACGUCUACUAUUAUGGGUUGGGCUACAACGAGGAACGAGCUAAUGUCUGGAGCUUGAUAGUUAUCUGCGUGUGCUUUACCACGUCCUCAGUUUUCCUCUUGUUGCUGUUAUCCACCGCAGGUGCAGUGAAGAGGUGGAGAGCUUGGAACAGAUUUCUUAAUCUGUCCUUAGCUUUUCUUCUCUUGACUGGAUGGAUUUCUGGCCUCUUGGGCUUUCUUCUUUUUCGUCAAGGAUGCUGCAGAGUAGAAGUGUUUGGCACGGAACGAAUUACACACGAAUUGGAUGGAUAUGCACAAGCUUGCCUGUGUCUGAUUAACCCGCAUAAUGACCCAGAUCGGUCGUAUCCAGUUUUAUUAUACCAAGAUGCACCAACGGGGAUACAGUUUGUUAAAGUUCAACCGCAUCAUGCGAAUGCGCACAUUACAAACUUGAUUUCCAUGCUUAUCAAUGUCAUCGUUUACUUUGUUGCUGCGUUUAAGGUAUGAAGAAUGUCUGCAUAAUAUAUACGUAAGUGUUCAAUCGAAGGUAUGUGAGUACAAAUAAUGAGUCUUAUUGUUGCUGGUUAGGAUAUUGUGAAUUGUUUAAUAAAACUAUCUAAAUA